GUAUUUUUAAAAUGGAAUUUUAUCCAAGAAGAAUAAGAAAACGGAACCGUUUGUUUCCAAAAUUGGAUUUUGCUACCAUCCGGAAUCCGCCAAUAUUUGUUCAUUUUCUGCAAAAAUAGAAUAAACCCGUCCUAACGGCCCUCGAAGGGACUGAAUUGUGUACAUAGUUGCCGUUGAACUUUGCUUGCUGUCGUCUACUGGUGCUGUGCUGAUGCUAUUGCUAUUGGAAGGUACAUAUGAAUCUGCUGCAGAAAAAAAGGCAGAAUAAAUGUGUCCUGAAAAAGCUGAUUUGUGCUGACCAGAGGUCAUAUUCGGCUUCGGAGGAAAACUGUGAAACGACAAGUGGCAGCAUAAGUGUUCGGACGUGAGCUAUGGACUUUGAACAAGUGCGCUAGAGUUAAAACGGUGUGCGGCGUUGGAGAUGAGUUAUAGCUGGUGAAGAGAGGGCAGUGUGUUUCGGCUAGAGAACGGCCAAAGGGAAAGUGUCAUUCUAGCAUGAGAAAAAGAAAGCGAAUUAAAACUGAGUGCUUGGUGCUGUGCUCGAGCAGGAAAAUGAGGGAAAUUUUCAAGACGCGUUCGAAGAUAGACUAUUAACCACGGCUCUGAGUGUAAGUGAAGAAAACAUGGGGGUGCUAAUGUGCUAAUAAGAAAAAUGAUCGAUAUUUUAGAAGAUGAUAAAAAGAAACCACUACUGGGUUGCACUCACUUAUACCGGUUGCAGUGAAAUAGGAUUUUGCCCGAAACCAUCCGCACCGUAAGAAGUUUAUCAGUGCACUUGACUGUGGCUAGGGAUUUAAUCUCUUGCCUUCUACGGCUGUUCCUAGUUUGUGCAACAUUGCAAAUACCAGCAGCAGCAGUAGUAGUAGCAACAGCCAGCAGAAAAUGUAAUAUCUUACGAUAUUAGACCAGAAGUGUGACGAAACGAGUGUAAAUAGUGUCUGGUGGAAAAUUGGGUUUCAACGAGCAAAGACUUCCUGUGUUAUCUUGAUGGCACCCGUUUCUGAGUCAGUCAUUGCAUUCUACACAGUCAACAUGGAUUUGCUGGCAAAAGUGAGCUGAAAGUUAGUUACUCCCAUCUUGGAUAAAGUCAACUCCGUUAGCUAAACAAGAUUAUCAAUUCCAUCAACCUUAAGGUGAGACCCAGUUAGGUCUCCCGUCCCCACCCACGAGAGCCCACGAUGACUAUGAACAUCAACAUGGACUCCGACCAUCGGGUCGUCCUGAACGUCGGUGGCAUUCGUCACGAGACGUACAAGGCGACUCUGAAGAAGAUCCCGGCCACACGGUUAUCGAGGCUAACCGAAGCGCUGGGCAACUACGAUCCGAUCCUGAACGAGUACUUCUUCGAUCGACAUCCGGGCGUAUUUGCGCAGGUGCUGAACUACUACCGAACGGGAAAACUGCACUACCCAACCGAUGUGUGUGGACCGCUGUUCGAGGAGGAGCUGGAGUUUUGGGGGCUUGAUUCCAACCAGGUGGAACCGUGCUGCUGGAUGACAUACACGCAGCAUCGUGACACGCAGGAAACGUUGGCCGUCCUCGAACGAUUGGACCUGGACACGGAGAAGCCCACGGAAGAGGAGCUGGCCCGGAAAUUUGGCUACGAGGAUGAUUACUUCAACGGGACGGUUUCCUGGUGGCAGCUCAUGAAACCGCAAAUUUGGUCCCUGUUCGAUGAACCGUACAGUUCGAAUGCUGCCAAAAUAGUUGGUGUGAUAUCGGUUUUCUUCAUAUGCGUAUCGAUUCUGUCCUUUUGCCUGAAAACCCAUCCGGAUAUGCGCGUUCCGGUGAUACGGAACAUUACGGUCAAAACGGCCAACGGUAGCACGGCCUGGGUGCUGGACAAGACCCAAACCAAUGCGCACGUGGCGUUCUUCUACAUCGAGUGCGUAUGCAACGCGUGGUUUACGCUGGAAAUUAUGGUGCGCUUCAUCUCGUCCCCGCAGAAGUGCGAAUUUAUCACCUCAUCUGUAAAUAUCAUUGACUACAUCGCCACGCUCAGCUUUUACGUGGACCUAGUGUUGCAAAAGUUCGCCUCCCAUCUGGAGAACGCCGACAUCCUGGAGUUCUUCUCCAUCAUCCGUAUCAUGAGACUGUUCAAACUGACGCGGCACUCGUCCGGGCUGAAAAUUCUCAUCCAAACAUUUCGUGCCUCGGCGAAGGAGCUGACGUUGCUAGUGUUUUUCCUGGUACUGGGCAUCGUGAUAUUUGCCAGCCUGGUCUACUACGCGGAACGCAUCCAGGCGAAUCCGCACAACGAUUUCAACAGCAUCCCGUUGGGGCUGUGGUGGGCUCUGGUCACAAUGACCACCGUUGGCUACGGCGAUAUGGCACCGAAAACCUACAUCGGGAUGUUUGUCGGAGCGUUGUGUGCAUUGGCCGGUGUGCUAACGAUUGCACUUCCGGUGCCGGUCAUAGUGAGUAACUUCGCCAUGUACUACUCGCACACGCAAGCACGAGCCAAAUUGCCGAAAAAACGCCGACGGAUAAUACCGGUUGAACAGCUCCGAGCACCCCGAGUCACAGGACAACCGGGAGCUAUGGGUAUGCCCGGUUCGGGUCCGAUGGCUCGCCGCAUGAACCAGGCGAAAACAAAGGAUCUUGGUCCGAAAAUAGGUCCCAUCGGUGCCAGCAUCGUGGCCAUGUGCCCCAAGAAUGUGGGUCUCCACACCAACCCAGCUCUGGCAAUGUGCAAGCCGACGUUCGAAGUUCGUCCUCCGGCGGUCAACAGCACACCGAACAGCACCAACUCCGCUGCACCGCCAGCCACUAGCAAAUCGGUGCUCAUUCCACGAGAUGCUAGCAUCGGAAAAUUCAACAACAAUAACAAUAACAAUAACAACAAUAGCAGCACCGUCAAUGCCAAUGGUAACGCCACCGUUACCAGCAAGACCGAAAGUGGAAAUAACACCAAAUGAAGCCAGGCUGAAAUGUUCGAGAAACUGCUUCACUCGCUGAUUUGUAUUCUCAAACGGAUGGGUACACCCCUACGAACCUUAGCUUUGUACAUUCAACAGAGAUAUAGAUAGCUUUAUGUAAAUACAUGAGAAGGAACAAAUGUACAUAUUUUAAGAAUCUCGCAGCAUUUAUAAUAGUUAAUGGUGUAAUUGAAAAUUUUACUCUUCGCUCUCUCGAUGGAAUUUCAUCCUUUGUGCGCCAACAAAGCACCAAAACAUGUCAUUUGCAGUGAGAAAUGCUUUACACUUAAAUUCAUGGUAAGCAAACAAAUAAAAAGUAUUCUUAUGAUCGCUCAAUUAGAACGUAAAUCAUCGAUCUUUUGGUCCAUAGUAAUGGAUGGCAUAGCAAGGACGACACCGUUAGAGAACGAUUUUCAUCAAUAUACUCGCUUUUUUACAGUACAAAACUACAAACAAAUGCACAUACUGAUUAACGUCGGUUAUCGAAAGGAAAAAAAAUCUUCAUUCCACAGGUUUCCAAUUAAAAUUCCCUCAAAAAAUUACCAAUGCUACGGGUCUACAAGAUUCACAUUAUUUUCUAAACUCAUAAGGAUCGAGUAAUAUGGACCAAAAACCGGACGUGCACUCACACUUCAUAUAGGAACUAUACUCGUCAAGGACUUCAUGGUAGAAUUCUUACGAAAAUUACUUUUACCAUCACAGUUGGGUACAGAUAGAUUUUAUUUUAUGAGUGUGUUGAAGAUCAUUUAGGAACAAAGUCAUUUUCAAAAGAAGGACAAAAAAGCGAUAAAUGUGAUACAAGUAGAGUUAUUAAGUGAGGUUUGAACUGGGUUCGAUCGAAGAAUUCGAAAAAAAAACGAGAACGAAAAAGAAGCAGAACACCGUUACACUGAUUCUCAUAUAGGACUCACACAAAAAAUUGCUAACAACAAGUUGUCAACUAAAUUUUAACAUACUAGCCGUAAGAUGAAGAGAUAUAAAUACAUUGAAAACAUAAUUGAAUCGAUAUACAUAAAAUAUGAGCCAAAGCUUGCACAGCUACUAUUUCGUUUCAACAACUGAAGUUCAACUUUUUUUUGUUGCGGGCGAACUGAGUGAAAACAGAGCAAGGAUGA